AAAAGACCCCAAAACAUGAUUAUCCGCCCCGCGUUGUGGAAACUACAAAGUGCCUUACUGAAGGUGGGGAAACACCACCUUCAGUUAAAAUGUCCCUUCAGCAAUAAUGAAACUGGUCGUGGUUUUACGGAGCGGGGACUCUCAGAAGCCCGCUGUUGUGAAGCUGUGCUCCUCCACCCUGCCGGUGACAGCAGGAACAGGAUCGGCAGGGCGCCCACGGUAGGAUGGACGAGCGCCAUAUUGCGCCUGGGUGAACAGAGGGAGGGGAAAUCUGCGGCUGAGAGCUGCGGUCCGCUGAACAAUCAUCAUCUCAUCUCCAAACUUCACCAGCUCCGGAAGGCACACAGAGAAGUACAGUCACACGGAGCACACACAUCGUCUUUGGAAACACUUUUUGUCUUAAUCAAACGACUCCACGCACAGAGCAAGGAAAAGGACACAAAAAUGCCGAAAGCGGUCAAUGUUCGCGUCACCACUGUGGACGCUGAGCUGGAGUUUGCCAUCCAGCCCAGCACCACCGGCAAGCAGCUGUUUGACCAGGUGGUGAAAACCAUUGGCUUACGUGAGAUCUGGUACUUUGGACUUCAGUAUAUGGAUGGCAAAGGUUACCACACUUGGCUAAAACUGGACAAAAAGGUGUCAUCUCAGGAUGUGAAGAAGGAGAACCCGCUGCAGUUCAAGUUUCGGGCCAAGUUCUUUCCAGAGGAUGUUUCUGAGGAGCUGAUCCAGGACAUCACCCAGAAGCUGUUUUUCCUGCAGGUGAAGGAGAGCAUCCUGAGUGAUGAGGUUUACUGUCCACCAGAGACAGCUGUGCUGCUGGCCUCCUACUCUGUGCAGGCCAAGUUUGGAGACUACAACAAAGAAGUCCACCGACCUGGAUACCUGCUUUCUGAACGCCUGCUGCCACACAGAGUCCUGGAGCAGCACAAGUUAUCCAGAGAGCAGUGGGAGGAGAGGAUUCAGGUGUGGCACGAGGAGCACCGUGGGAUGUUAAAGGAGGAUGCUAUGCUGGAGUACCUAAAGAUCGCCCAGGACCUGGAAAUGUAUGGAGUCAACUACUUUGACAUCAAGAAUAAGAAGGGAACAGAGCUGUGGCUUGGAGUGGACGCGCUGGGACUCAACAUUUAUGAGAAGGAUGACAAAUUGACCCCAAAGAUUGGCUUCCCCUGGAGUGAGAUCAGAAACAUUUCCUUCAACGAUAAGAAGUUCAUCAUCAAGCCAAUCGACAAAAAGUCUCCGGACUUUGUGUUUUAUGCACCGAGACUGCGCAUAAACAAGCGCAUCCUGCAGCUGUGCAUGGGCAACCACGAGCUGUACAUGCGUCGCCGCAAGCCGGACACAAUUGAGGUGCAGCAGAUGAAGGCUCAGGCCCGAGAGGAGAAGCAGCAGAAGCAGAUGGAGAGGGCCCAGCUGGAGAACGAGAAGAAGAAGAGAGAGGCCAUUGAGAAGGAGAAGGAGCAGAUGGAGCGAGAAAAGCAGGAUCUGAUGAUGAGGCUCUACCAGUUUGAGGAGAAGACCAAGAAGGCAGAGAAAGAUCUGCAGGACCAGCUCCAGAGAGCCCUGAUGCUGGAGCAGGAGCGGAGGAGAGCGGAGGAGGAGGCAGCUCGUCUGGAGGCAGAGCGUCAGGCUGCUCUGCUGGCUAAAGAGGAGCUGGCCCGCCAGGCUGAGGACCAGAAGAAGAGCCAGGAGCAGCUGGCUGCAGAGCUGGCAGAGCACACAUCCCGAAUUGCCCUGCUUGAGGAGGCCAAGAGACACAAGGAGCAGGAGGCCGACUCAUGGCAGCUCAAGGCCAAGGAAGCCCAGGACGACCUAAUAAAGACCAAGGAGGAGCUCCACAUGGUGAUGACGGUGCCCCCACCCCCUCCACCUCCGCCCAUGUACGACCACCUGGAUGACAACAGCGACAGCGAGGAGAACACCAGCACGCACAGUGCCGACCUGCAGACCGAAGGCAUCAAUGACCACCGCAAGGAGGAGGAUCGUCUCACCGAGGCCGAGAAGAACGAACGCGUCCAGAAACAGCUGAAGGCCUUGACUUCAGAGCUGGCUCAGGCACGUGAUGAAUCCAAGAACACCCAGAACGACCUCCUUCACAGCGAGAACGUCCGGGCCGGCCGAGACAAAUACAAGACCCUGCGACAGAUCAGGCAGGGCAACACUAAGCAGAGGAUCGACGAGUUCGAGGCCUUAUAAGACGCCUUCGGCCCUCAGGCGCUCACCCUUUCUGAAUGGUCACUACACCCCGCUCCUCUGCUGACAUACAUGGGCGCACACAAACUCAUAUUUAACACACAUCAGUUGCAGGCUAAACUGGAGCAGUAGAAGCACAGAAGAAACAUCAUUUACAGAGAGACGCACUCCUGUUGUGAGUUUGUCUGGUGGUAUGCAGGGCUUUGCAAAUACUUCGCAGAAAACUUAGUGCCAAAACCUUUCUCUUCUUAGUGUUUCACAUCUUAUUUGUGUAUUUGAAUGUGUGUAAUUUGAUCAGUUCAGACGAAAUCUUUGUUUUUAUCCAGAGGCGCAAUGAAGUAGUGGGACUAGCCAAAUUUUAUUAUUUCAUGAUGUGCACAUACAAUUUGUAAUCAAGGCCUCGCUUCUUUUUGAUGUCUAUCAUUUGUUGUAUAGUAAGAGAAGGACAGUUUGUCUUUUAUAGCGACCGCUCAGAAAGGGGGAAACAGUAUAAGCAGGAAAACGUGUUUGUUUUUGUUUUCCAUUAUAUUUGAACACUUCCAUAUAUGUUUAAUAUUGCUAUACAGUAGUUUAAAUUCAUGCCUAGUUUGAUAUUUAUACUGUAUAUGGGACAUUAAAAAGGGUAUUUCAUCUUGGUUUGUAUAUUUUUGCUAUUUUGCUAACUACUAAUGAUAAUUAAAACAUUUAAUGUUUUAAAGGUUUUAUAUAUUGACCAAAAUGAUAGCAGUCUUAUGUUCCAAUACAUUUUCCUUUAAAUCACUAAAUUAAAGAGAUUUAAGUGUAAAUUAUUAUUUUUUACUGUAGGAAAUAUCCAGCUGCAUGCCAUUAAAUCAGUUGAGAAGAUUGCUAUCUUUCUAGGUACUUCUGAUUUUUUUUUUUUUAUUUUAUUUUAUUUUAUUUUUUUGCCGUGCAGUUCACAGCAUGCUGAGGAACGUCUUCAUCCUCAGGACACUGCAUUGACUGGGACACUUAGGUUUAAUAUAUUUUAUGUCUCUGUUCUGUAUCAUGUCGCUGUUGGGUGAGAGAUGAGCACGUGUUGUGUGCUUUUACCCUCCCAAGUGGCCUUUCUCUCUGGCUGUCCCUCUGCAGGGAUCUGUCCCAGACAGUUGGUCCUCACCUUUUAGCCAAGGUGCAUAGUCCAAAAAAUAUGGAUGCAACUUUGAAAACCUUAUACUUUUUUAGUGUUAGACCUGAGGGUUGAGGUCAACUUUAUAAAGAGUUUUCAUUUUGCUGCUUGGUCACGAUGGACUGAUCUAGACAGUAUACCACCAAUCUCUCUCUGGACAUUGACUAGAGUAGCAUCUACUGACAUUGUAAUGGAAACACACUGUUCUGCUGGCCUUUGUAUACGAGCAGGAUUUUAUAAUGAAGUGUUCAACAUAUUGGCAAUAAAUAAAAAUCUAUGAUGACA